AUGAAGUUCGCUGUGACCCAGUGCUCGCUGCCGGUGCUGGUCGGCCCGUCGGAGCCCACGCCGGCCGGCCAUCUGCCUCUCACUUCCACUGACAAGGGCUGCCUCUACCUGCCAGUCACGUCGCUCCACGUCUUCGACCGCCCGAUCCACGAGCCGGCUGAGAUCAUACGGCGCGCGCUGUCCCAUGCACUGGUCCACUACUACCCCCUCGCCGGUCGCCUCGACGCCAGCGGCCCGGACGUCCAGCUCGCAUGCACCGGUGAUGGCGUCGAGUACGUCGCCGCGACGGCGAGCUGCACUCUGGAGGACGUCAGUUUCCUUGACUCGCCUCCGGUGGCCCCUCUGGACGCUUUUGUCGUCCGGUGUAGCGAUCGCGUCCGAAUGUCAGAUUGCCCGCUGCUGAUGAUGCAGGUCACGGAGUUCGCCUGCGGCGGAUACGUCGUCGGGGCGACGUGGAACCAUGCCGUCGCCGACGCCUUCGGGAUGGCCCAGUUCCUAGGGGCCGUCGGCGAGCUCGCGCGCGGGCUGCCCACGCCGUCGGUCGUUCCGGUGAGGCACGACGCGGCGCUCCCGGAGAUCCCGCACCUGUUGGGCGCCGUGGGGCCGUACCUGGACUUCACGCACGCCGAGUACGCCCGCACGGACGUGACCAUCCCUUGGAGCUUCAUCAACCGCGUCAAGGCAGAGCACUGCGGCGCGGACCACCAGCCGUGCUCGACGUUCGACGUCGUGGCGGCCGCGGUAUGGCGGUGCCGGACCCGCGCGAUGAACGCCGACCCGGCCUCCCCCGCGCUGCUGGUCUUCACGGCCAACGUGCGGAGGCACAUCGGCGCCAAGGACGGCUACUACGGCAACUGCAUCGCGCUGCAGAUGGCCGUGUCGACGUGUGGCGCGGUGGCGGACGGCGGCACCGCCGAGACGGCGAGGCUGAUCAGGCGCGGCAAGGAGCGGAUACCGUGCAUCCUUGGAGAUUACGAGCCCGUGCUGUUCGGCGAGGAGGUCGUCGGCGCGCUCCGCGGGCACGCGCCGCUGUUCGUGUCGAGCUGGGGCGGCAUCGGGCUGGACGGGGUGGACUUCGGCGGCGGGAGGCCGGCGAGGGUGAUGGCCGACAUGGAGGUGACGUGGGCGCCAUGCUGCAUCCCGUGCCUGCCGUGUUCGAGGAAGGACGGCGAGGGCGUGAAUGUGCUGGCGUUCUGCGUCAGGGAGGAGCACGCCGACGGAUUCCAUGCCGAGCUGGCGACGCUCCACUGA